CCCCCCAAAGAUGAACUCCGUUGUAUCUGUGCCAUCCCUUCUGAAGAAGGAACAACAAUCACUUCUCCUGGAGAUGUUGAUGCAAUUACCCGCAAAUCCUUAAGCGAAGCUCUUCACACCAGCCUCGUGAAAAUCUGUCCAGCUGACACUUGGACCGGCAGUUGCCAUUUAUCCAACUGCCCCUAUCCUAUUCUGGUCAAUAGCAAGCAUCAAGUUCAGCUAGAAAAUCUAAAUAAAGCGCUUGUGAAGGCUAUAACCAACAUCGUCUCGAGAUGGUGGACAGAUACAACUGCAAGGUUCCCAGAACGUAUGCCUCUGCAACCCUUGGAGGAAAAGCUUCUUCGCUGGCUGGAGACACAGAAUAUGGAAGCUAUACGCCCUUUCAAAAAGUGUUGCGGAUCUUGGAGACCGGACUUUCUCAUCGAUGGGGAUACUGAUCUGGGCCAAGGUGUGGAAGCCUUUCGCAUCUGCGAGAUCAAUGCCCGUUUCUGCUGGAAUGGCUACAUGAUGAGUGCGUUAGGACAACAAGCUCUAUUGGAUAUGGGUAUUUGUCACGAUGGAAUAUCCGGUGGGACGGAUCCACAAAAGAUUCUCGACGGACUUCAACGGCUGUACAAUCCCGAUAUGCCCCUUCACCUUCUCAAGGGCGAAGAGCAUGGGUUUGACAUUCAUUUAUAUACUCAUUACGCGAAGAACGUUCUUGGACAACACAUACGCUUUAUCACGCCUGAUGACUUACGAUUGGUCCCAUGCAAUCAGUCUUUAUAUGGAUACAAAUUAUGCUGUCUGGCUAAUCCCCAGCGCCCAGUCAAUGAGGAAACUACCCCAUUUCUCAAUGAAGCCGGUGAAAUUCUUGAAGAGAUUCAUCAGGUGGGACUGGAGCUGCAUCAAAGAGAGAUUCUCGCCCUCGAUUAUGAAAUUCUCCAACAAGUCAGUUUGCGGUGUUUCAACGAUAUGCGCACUUUGCUUCUGGUCCAUGACAAGCGUAUGCUAGGAAUUGUUCUGGAGGAGCUUGAUUCUCUCGUGGCCAAAAGUAUUCUUCUACCUUCCGAAGCACGUUUGAUCAACCAAGGAAUAUGCCACACAGUGCUUCCUGGAUCUACCCAAAUGACCCAGUUUAUCGAAAAGUGCCGCCUUCAGCCAAGCACCAAAAACGGAUACAUCCUAAAGCCGGCGAGAGGUGGAAAAGGAGAAGGUAUCAUCUUUGGGGACAAGGUGACGUAUGAGUCGUGGAUGUCUCAUCUUGAAGAGUUGACAUCCCCAUACCUGUCUCCCGAGGGAACCACAAGCGUUGUCCAGCGCAACAUUAGGCAAGGCAAGUAUGAUGUUCUUCUUAGGGAAUCAGUGGGGGUCCAGAGUCUCCCCCUUGUCGGGACCUACCAUAGUGUCCACGGUGAGUUCUUAGGGAUUGGGGUUUGGCGCAGUAGUCCUGGUCCAGUGUGUGCGAUUAGCCAUGGCGGCGCAUGGAUGUGCUCUGUGAUGCAUGACUCUUGA